AUGGAUAAUUGUAAAACUAUAUCUACACCAAUGGGAUCCGAAACUUAUGUGGAUCAAGAUGAAUCCAAUGUUUCGAUUGAUAUUACAAAAUAUCAAGGUAUGAUUGGUUCUUUAUUAUAUUUGAUGGCAAGCCUUCCUGACAUAAUGUUUAGUGUUUAUUUGUGUGCCCGCUUUCAAGAAAAUCCGAAGGAAUCUCAUCUCGUGGUGGUAAAAAGAAUCAUGAAAUAUCUUAAGGGAACAACCAAUGUCGGUCUACGGUACCCAAAAGGUAGUGUAUGUGAUUUACUUGGUUAUUCUGACGCGGAUUAUGCAGGUUGCAAAAUUGAUCGCAAAAGUACAAGUGGAACAUGUCACAUAUUAGGAAACACAUUAGUAUCAUGGUCAUGCAAGAAACAAGCAUGUUUCGCACUUAGCACGGCUGAAGCAGAAUACAUUGCAGAGCAGGAAGUUGUUGCGCUCAAAUCUUAUAGUUAA